ACUAAAGUUUUUACCAAACCAUAAUGGAAGGAGGUGUACUUCCGCAUAUGUAAAAUUUCAUAGAUUUUAGGGAAUUCUCUGCCCUUGUAAAGAUAUUUCUGUUUUAAGCACUAAAUUAUGAAGAAUAUUUAAUCUAAAAUCGAUUUGCUCAUAAUGAAGUACACUCUGGACUUCAAAGAGUGUCUGAAGGACUCUCCAAAGUUCAGAUUGUCGCUUGAAAGUGCUGAAAGUGAUGUGGAAAGUUUGGAGGCUAAACUCGACAGGGUUGUCCGCCUGUGUACAACAAUGGUGGAAGCUGGCAAGUCAUUCAACAAUGCAGGAUGCGGCUUUAUAACUGGAGUUAAAGACCUGGCUGGGUACUUUCAUGAGGACACAAUGGUUUCAGAUAAUAGAAAAGUAUCUAGCUGUCUAAACCAUUUCUGUCAGUCCAUGAGUGAAAUGUUGAGAUAUUUUAAUAUAUUGAUGGAACAGGCUCAGAAAACUGUCUGCAAGAAUCUCAGCCAUUUUAUUAAAAGUGAAAUAAAGAAAGUGAAGGACACACGGAAACAUUUUGAGAAGAUCAGUGACGACUUAGACAAUGCAUUAUCCCGAAACUCGUCGGCUUUACGUAGUAAACCACAAGAUUGUGAGGAUGCCUAUAAUCUCAUGAUGGCAAAUAAGUCUUGCUUUGCUCACACGUCCCUAGAUUAUGUCUAUCAGAUCAACAUAUUACAGUCAAAGAAAAGAUUUGAUGUUCUUGAAACAAUGCUGUCCUUCAUGCAUGCUCAAGCUACUUUCUUUCAUCAAGGUCAUGAACUGUAUCAGGACUGUGAAGGCUAUAUGAACAACAUGGGAGACCAGGUAAAGGAGCUACAUGUGAAGGCCAAGCAAGAAUGGAAAGAAAUGGAGGAAAGACAUGAUCUGGUACAGAACAAGGAUGUUGGGUUCAAGCCAGAUGUCGAAGUUGAGAAUGGAGUCCAUAUGGAGGGAUAUCUCUUCAAAAAAACAAAACAUGCAUUUAAAGCUUGGGUUAGACGAUGGUUUUCUAUAGAAGACAAUCAGUUGCGCUACCAGAAGCGUAUGAAGGAUACACAGGUCACUGUCAUGGAAGAAGAUUUACGUCUUUGUACUGUGAAACCAGCAUACGAACUUGACAGAAGAUUCUGUUUUGAGGUCUUGUCACCAACAAGAAGUCACAUGCUACAAGCACACACAGAGGAGGAAUUUCAGACUUGGGUCGGUGCAAUACAGUCAGGGGUAACAAAGGCAUUUAGGGCAGCAGAGAAACGGCAGUCAGAUGCUGGGCUGAAUGAGAGUACAGGUAGCAGUAAGGGAAGGAACUCUUCAACAGAUCUGUCAGUAAUGGAUAGUCCUGCUCCAGAUACUGAAAACAAGAAGUCUAAAGCACAAAUUCAAAUGGAGAAGUUAUACUCAAUACCAGGAAAUUCCAAAUGCUGUGACUGUGGGUCGCCAGAUCCACGGUGGGCCAGUAUUAACCUUGGUAUCACUUUGUGCAUUGAAUGUUCUGGUAUACACAGUUCUUUUAUGUUUCUAUCCUGUGUAGCUGUGAUGUCAGUAACUGCUUCAAAGGACACAGAUUCUGGUGUGGUUCCUAGUCCAUCAGAGGGUAGCGAUGUGUCGGCAGAAAAAGAUGAGACAGUUGGUGGCACUGAGGCAGACACGGUACAGAGUAAUGCAGAAGAUGUGAUUGUAUUUGGAACAGAAUUCAAUUUACCUGAUUUUCAGCUAGACAUCUCAUCGGAAUCAUCCGGUACAGAAGAAGAUGCGAAAUCCACCACGAGUUGGGAGGACAUGUCAACCUUGGAUCCCAACAUGUUGUUAUUCAAAGCGGCUCAGGCACGCAACCUGGCUGUCAUGCUUGAAGCUAUAGCUAAUGGAGCAGAGACAAACUGGGUCAACACGCAGGAGGAUGAUAAAACCCCUUUAAUGAAAGCAAUAGAGACUGGAUCUCUGUCAGCGUGUGAAUUUCUUUUACUGAACCGUGCCAAAUUAGAUAAAAAGGACAGACAUGGCCGAACACCUUUACAUCUAGCAACUAUGCUUGGAAAUACAGGGCAAGUGUGCCAGUUUUUAAAAAGAGGUGCACAACUAAAUGUCCAGGACAACGAAGGAAAGGACCCACUGUCUAUAGCAGUUUCAGCAGCUAAUGCAGAUAUAGUCACAUUAUUACGGCUUGCCAAGCUGAAUGAAGAGAUGAAAGAGUCGGACGACUAUUUAGGGGCAAAUCCAGGUGAUGAAACAUUCAAUGAUGUAUUUCGAGACUUUACAAACAUGGCGUCAAACAAUCCCGAGAAGUUAAAGCGUAAUAAAUAGCAGUAGUAUAGAACAUUAGAACAACACGCUUUUGCUGCACGCCAGACUGCCUUCAAGAUGAGAUUCCCUCCCCUUAUAUUGUGAUAAAUGUGUAUAUAUUUGUAGAAGACUGUUUUGUUGAUUAGGAAAUUGAUAAUGUAUGGUCUGCAGUGAUUAAUUUGAUAACUUUAAAGGCAGUGUUCAAGUCAGAACUAAACAUGUGAUAUUAGAGUAUAAAACAUCUGAAUAAAGGAUGAAAGUCCUUCAAAAGCUGAUCUACAAAAGAAUGGAAAGUUUGGGAAACAUUAGUUAAGUUCAAUUUGUUAUGGUUAAGGUGACUAGGUACAGCCAGUACUUAUUCUAUCAAACUUUGAAAUGAAGUCUGGAUUCUAAGUUCGAUACAGAAAUUAUGUUUCUCCUGUGUGCCUGGGUCUAGCAAAUAAGACAGCAAAUCACAUAAAAUCUGUUGUGGGAGAAUAGAAGUUAUUGGUGGAUCAAAUUGAAAAUUGAUAUUCCAGUUGAUACAUGACUGCAUACCCAGCAAACAUAGGUCAUUUAAGAAUAUUGUAUAAAACUGUAAAAUCUGCUGUGCUGAACAGAAUUUAAGGCAUACAUGUAUCAAGUUUGAUAGAAAUAGACUGACUUACAGAUCUGUUAUUGUUGUUGCUUUUGUAAUCCAGAAUGUGAAAUACAUGCACAGCCUUAUGUCACUUGCCUUAAUACUUGUCUUCAGCUAUUGUAUUGGUCAAUGUCCCUGCCAUAAAUGUCUUAGCCGGAGUAGAAAAAUGUGUGUGCCACUAAGAUACAUGUAUAUAUGAACAAUUGAAAAUAAGUUAUUUGUUGUUCCAGAUCAUGCUUAAUGUACAAUUAUGUAGUUUCUAUGUCAUAGAUGAGAGGAUAUAGUUGCUUUGCUUGUGUUGAUUGGUCCGUCUGUAUAUCAGAUGGCUUCUGACCAAUAACAGGAGAACCUUUGGGCCAGUGACAGGCAAAGUUCAACAAAAGAUGAUUGCCUGUGAUCAUUCAGUGACUUGUUUAUUAGGUCACUAGGACAGGGAGCAAGGUCUUGGUGACCGAGAGACUAACACCAUGCCUGACUAGUAAAUAGAUGACCAAUAUAGUUUUAGUGAUCAGUAAGUCAAACGACAAGGUAACCGUGGCCUGGUCAAUGAAAAUGUUACAGACCAAUAACUAAACUUAGCGUUAGUGUAUGGCCAUUACACUUUCAGGAUGAUUGGCUGUGGACAGUAGUUAAACUAUUUUGUGUUAGGUGAAAGGUCAAGGUCACAGCAACCUUGAAACUCAAACCUACAUGGUAGGCUAUCUUGGGGUAUACUAGUAUGUGUUCUAUAACAAGCUCUUGUUUUAUGUUACAUUACCAUUUGAAUUGUGUACAUCAUAACUUUGUUACAAAAUGUUAAUUGUUCAUUAUUACUAUGUAUUUUAGACACUUACUUAAUGGAGAAAUAUGAAGUUUUGUCAAACUCUAAAUAAUUUAUUUUUUUGUCUUUUCAUUGCUUGUAGAAAUGUUUGUCAAGCUGUAGAGCAAUAAACUGUCAUUGCUUUUGUUGCGUUCAAGCAGAAUCAACUGUGUGUUAGAGAUAGAAGCAUAUAAAAGAUAUUUCUUUGUUUCUGUGUAUAGAAAUAAUAUCUUUCAACAAAUUAAUACAACAUAAGAUAUUUUCACAGAAAAAAAUUGGUUCCUUAGGACUUUUCAAUGGUUUAAACAAACCCCCCCCCCCCCCAAAAAAAAAACGAACAUUUUUACAUGACUUUUUUGUGCAGUGUAUCACCUUUUUCUGACUUGUUAACAGUUUUUUCAAUAAUAAAAAACUUGUUUUUAUUACUAAGUAUAUUGUUAAUGAAUGGUAAGGUGCCCAUGAUUUUAGGGAGAAAAAUUAUUUUUCAUACAGUCGAACUUAGAUGGCUCGAACUCGAGGGUCCCGUGGAAAUUAGUUCGAGUUUUCCGUUAUUCGAGCCAUCCAAAAAUGGCGGUCAUUUUGAAUUUGAAAAUUCGAGGGCAUGAUGUGUUACAAACCUUACAUCAUAAUAUAUUUUCAUUUUGUGCCUAAAUGUGUGCAUGAUACGAUGAUAAAUAAAAAUCGAACGCUGAAACAGGAUUUAAUUAUUGAUUUUCAAACAUGACAUAGAUACGAAAAAAAGACACAGAUAAAACACUGAUAUGAUUAUUAAGAAUUUGGUGAAGACAACAUGAAAUGAAUAGCAAACCUUUAUGAAUCAUAGUCCAGUACAAAUAUUAUCAAAUAUAUUGCUUUCAAGUAGCCGACUUAGAUAUCUAAAGCAGUAUGAAAGUUGACAUCGGAUCUCCCGUUCUUAUGCAGAAAAAAUAAAGACAGUCAUCGCUAAAUUAUUUUAAAUAAUCCUAUUCGUAUAAAUCAAAGCCAAUUGAAGCAUUGCAGUGAACGAAAGUCACUUUAUUUAAUUUGUUUGUCGUAUACCGACGCUAAUUACGUAAGCGUGUGAAAAUUACGCUCGCGCCGGUUAAAGGGGAAGCUUGGCAAAUGUUAGGCAGCGGUGUGAACAACUUUGUAAACACAAGCCAUUCUGGCGACAAGUUGUCUGUUCGACUGAAUAGGUGUAAUUAUCACUGUAAUUACGCCUAGGGGACCACCAAAUGAGUUCGAGAGUUCGAAUUUUCGAAGUUCGAGCGAUCCGAGGUAGAACUAUAUAGAAUAAAGAAGGAAUAAAUUCGGGACCGGGCGAAGAGUUCGAGAGAUCCCGAGUGUUCGAAAGAUCCGAGUUCGAGCCAACGAAGUUCGACUGUAAUUGUUGUGGUAUAACAGUGUUUUAGACAUGUUCCUGUUUAGUCCCAGUUUUAUACUUGAGAAGAACUGCAGGCAGUGCAUUUCUUUGGUGCUUUUCUGAAAUCAGUACUUGUGAUACAAAAGAUAUAAGUUGCCUUUCUAUUCCUGUGAUUAAAUGGUAAAUGGUACCGAAAUAUUUUAUGCUAGUAGUCUGAUGUUACUACCAUAUAUUCCCUUAUUAAUGCUUCCUCUAUUUAAUGCACCCCCUCCCCCUUCCUGAUAAUAUUUAUGGUAAAUAAAGUGAUUCAGCACACCAUUCUGACAUUUUUUAUUUAUUUUUUGUUUAAUCCAUUAAUGUCCAAAUUUACGCAAAAAUUGCUGGCAGAUACACUUUCAGUGUAUCAAAACCUCACUUCUCAGUCCAGUGGUUUAAAAUAAUUUUUUUGCUCCAUAAUAAAUGCCCCCAUCUUGCAAAAAGUAACGCUAAUGGGGCAUUGAUAAGGGAAUAUAUGGUAUACCAGGUAAUACUGUGAAUUUCUUUUUGAGCAUUUAUAAGCCUUACAACAAGGUAGACACAGGGUUUUUGUAGUCACAAAUUCUUGUUAAUGUGACGGACACUACGAGUGAAUUGCUUACUUCUGAUUAUCUGAUGUUUCUUAAAAAUGGAAACCUUGUUCAGAAAAACAGAAAAGUAGUGACCAGAAUUUUAAAGAAAGCCCUCGUUUUCAAAUAACCUGUCUUUGUCUUGUACCAAGUCUUUACUUGGGUUACUAUUUUUGCCAAGGUUAAAAAAGAUCCAAGACUGCACGAGAUGAUCUAAAACUAGUACCAUUGCCUUUUGUUGUUACUUAAAUUUAUAUAUGCCCACUUCACAGUGUCUGCUCAAUAACCUAAGAGAUUUGUUAUGGCUCAUGAGAAUAUUUUUUUCAUGAAAUUUACCCUUACCUUUUUUCUCUGUUACUGUAUUUUAUGUCAAGCUUGGUAACCAGCCAGUUUGGACUAGUAUUCUAAGAGUUAUGGCCCUUGAUUGUUGAGAAAUAGCCUGUGAUUCUAAUUAAAUGUUGUUUUAAGUAAAAGAAAAAUAAAUUCACUUUAUUGUUGUCUUAACGAGUGCAGUUAAUGUUGUAAAUUUGUUGUGUUUAAGUUUUGUAACCCUGUUGUUAACCCUAUUCCAAAACCAUGAUAACUUACCUUAGAAAUAUUGUUAGUACAAAACCUCACUGUAGAAAUUGUUAAAUGUUUUGGGCACUGUGAUAGAAAUAAAUAGAUUGUUAAGCACGUUUAUAAGGAAUACCAGGGUUUAACAUAAUAUAUGUGUUAACCUUAAACACUUUGAUCACUGAUCAUUCUGUUGCAUUUGAAUCAUGGUUAUUUUAUUUUAUGGUAAUAAAAAGUUAUCUUUGGUGUAGUCGUCAAUGUUAACAUCUACAUAAUUGUAAUAUCUACUAUAGCGAAAAGGAAGUCAGAUGUCUCUCUGUCCUCCAGCAUGCCGUCUUCAGUUCCAAAACUAAAGUCAGUUCAGUACUACUUUUGGGAAAAAUUCCAAUUUGUACUACUACUUAGGAAGGUCCUAUGAACAGGACUUUGAAAUUUGCCCGUUUCUCAUUUUUUUGACCAAUUUUUAAUUUUUCAGGCUAAUUCAACGAAUGGAAAAAAAUACAUGCCUGAGAAAAGAUUGGCAAAAUGUAGCGACCACUGUAGCACAAUACAGAUGAAAUGCUAUAAACCUUUGGAUAGCAUUACAAUAUCCAAGAAUGAUAAUUUUACCCUUUGUUACAUUCCUGAUAAUUCAGAGAAAAACAAAACAUUGAAAUUUGAGCAAGUCAGUAGAUGACAUUAAUUCUUUGGGGUCAGUAGGUCAAAGGUCAGGGUCAUAAUUCAAGACUGAAAUGUGUUUCUGGUCAGUAGUUAGAGAGAUAUUUGGCCUACAUGUAUAUUUAUCAAACAUCAUAGAAUAAUUGUCAUGGUCAAAGGUCAAGGUCACAGUGACCUUAAGAAUGAAAAUGUAUUCUGCUUAAUAACAAAGAACUCUUUGGCCUGCUGCCAUGAUUGCUUUUGUCAGUAGGUCAAGGUCACACCGACAUUGAGAUUGAAAAGUUCCUGCCCAGUAAUAAAGUAUGCUUUCACAUGCUGCUUUUGAACAGGAUAAAAUUAUUGCCUGUGGUCUGUAGAUGAACCUUAAUGCUUUUGGGGUCAGUAGGGCAAAGGUCAAGGCAAAGUGAUAAAAUGGUUUCCGAUCAAUAUAUGGAGCACUUGAGGGCCAACCUAUCUCAAACUGGUAGGUUGAUAGCAUAUGGUCAGUAGCUCAAGUAUCUAGGUCAAGUUCGAAACUGGGUCACGUGCGGUCAAAAACUAGGUCAGAGGUAUAUGUGUUUUACAAAACAGCUUUUGUUCACAAAUUUGAAGUACUUAAAAUUUGUUUCAUGUUUCUACUUUUCAUUUCACUUUUUAAAUAGACACUUUGUUUUAUGUUCUAGUUUAAGAAUCAUUGUUUAUGUUUUGUUCCAGGUGUGUGUUACAAACAUUUUACAAAUUCUAUGUAGCAUUUUCAUGUUAUAUUUGGGGAUCAAUUUUAAAAUGAUCUCUGUUAGCUAUAAAUACUCCAUAUUUUUGUAUUUUUUUUCUUUUCUUUUUAUUCAUUUGCAAGCUUAAGUCUGACAUGUGUUUAUAAUUCUGUUGUGCAUUUGUACAUUUUUUUUUUCUGUAUGUAGAAUUUUAUUUUUGUAGCUAUCACAUUAUACAUUUUUUGGCUGCUUUUUUGGCAACUUAGUACAUAUGGCUUGAAUUUUGCACAUAUAUAAGCAGAGAAAAAUUUGUUUAGAAUAACGCCUUUUACAGUUUAGCAUUUUAAAUUACAAGUAGGAAUCUGGAGUUUUCUUGAAAACACAAUGGUUUAAACUCAGAAAAACUGGAAAAAUCAAUGAAAUUUUGCCAGUGGCUGUAUGGUUGUUGACCUGAUUAUUAGCAAAACAUUUUGAUACUUUAGAUGAAAUCUGAAGUUGAAAUAAUGAACCAAAAUAAGCUAAAUAUUUUUCUCAGGUCAACAGUGACUCAGGUUAUUUUUUACCAUUCUAUUAUACGAAAUUAUUACAGUCAAACUUCGCUUGCUUGAACUUGGAUAAUUGAAACACGACCCUUCACUUGAACUCAUCGCCAGGUCUACCGAUAACUCGAGCAAAGUGUUCAGUUCUGAUGAGUUCAAGUUAACAAAGUUCGGUUGUAAUCAUUUCGUAUAACAGAAUGGUAAAAAAUUAACCAACCAUUGUUCACAUGAGAGAAAUAUAUUUUAUAUUUGAAUGCCAAUAAAACAGAUAGCUAUUUAAAAAUCGGGUUAAAUGAUUGAUAUACAUUUUUGUACUGGUUAAUCAUCUUUGAAAUUUUCAUUGAUUCCACACUUGUUGUAACAGUUUAUAUUCUGUUCACACCACAUUGAGAAUAUCUGCAAUGAGAGCAAAAAAAAUGGGUUUAGAUAAUAUAUAUAAAAUUAAUAUGUGUGUUCUUCCUCGUUUUGUAUUUAUUUCAACAAAAUAUUAUAGCAACAAGCUUAUUUUUUGAAAGUUCUUGGUGUUAUUUGGCUCAUCGACUUUAUUAAAAUGUAUAAAAUUCCUGAAAAACACAAUUUGAGCUGCACCAUGAGAAAACCAACAUAGUGCAUUUGCGACCAGCAUGGACCCAGACCAGCCUGCGCAUCUGCACAGUCUGGUCAAGAUCCAUACUGUUCGCUUUGCAAUUAGAGAAACCAUUAGCGAACAGUCUGGAUCCAUGCUGGUCGCAAAUGCACUAUAUUGGUUUUAUCAUGGUGUGGCUCAGUUGCAUUUUCUAAGCUAGUCACUGAGCGCUUUAGCCUUUUUUCUGUGCAUUAUUUUUACUGCAUUAUGUGCAAAUAUAUACUUUUGGUUUUUAACACUUUAUUUUUUGUCAUUUUUAUACGCCCGUUUGAAAAACUUGACGUAUUAUGGAAACGCCCCUGGCGGGCGGGCGGGCGGCGUCCACAGACUUUGUCCGGAGCAUAUCUUCUACAUGCAUGAAGGGAUUUUGAUGAAACUUGGCACAGUUGUUCACCAUCAUGAGACGGAGUGUCAUGUGCAAAAACCAGGUCCCUAGGUCUAAGGUCAAGGUCACACUUAGAGGUCAAAGGUCAAAUUCAAGAAUGACUUUGUCCAGAGCAUAUCUUCUUCAUGCAUGGAGGGAUUUUGAUAUAACUUGGCACAAAUGUUCACCACCACGAGGCGGAGUGUCAUGCGCAAGAACCAGGUCCCUAGGUCUAAGGUCAAGGUCACACUUAGAGGUCAAAGGAUACAAGAAUGAAAACCUUGUCCGGAGCAUUUCUUUUUCAUGCAUAGAGGGAUUUUGAUAUAACUUUGCACAAAUGUUCACCACCACGAGGCGGAGUGUCAUGCGCAAGAACCAGGUCCCUAGGUCAAAGGUCAAGGUCACACUUAGAGGCCAAAGGAUACAAGAAUGAAAACCUUGUCCGGAGCAUUUCUUUUUCAUGCAUAGAGGGAUUUUGAUAUAACUUUGCACAAGUGUUCACCACCACCAGGCGGAGUGUCAUGCGCAAGAACCAGGUCCCUAGGUCAAAGGUCAAGGUCACACUUAGAGGUCAAAAGAUACAAGAAUGAAAACCUUGUCCGGAGCAUUUCUUCUUCAUGCAUAGAGGGAUUUUGAUAUAACUUUGCACAAAUGUUCACCACCACGAGGCGGAUUGUCAUGCGCAAGAACCAGGUCCCUAGGUCAAAGGUCAAGGUCACACUUAGAGGCCAAAGGUCAGAUACAAGAAUGACUGUCCGAAGCAUUUCUUCUUCAUGCAUGGAGGGAUUUUGAUGUAACUUGGCACAAUUAUCAUCAUGAGAUGAAGUGUCAUGCGCAGUUCCUUUCUUUAGAAUUACUUCCCUUUGUUGUUACUAUAAAUAGCUUAUAUUGUAACUUUUUCAUUACUAGUCGUAGGGAAAAAUCAAGACCACUUUUCUGUAGUACAACAUGCAUGCUACAUCCAAUUAUGAGGUGUAUUUUGACCAAUCUCUACCUGGUAAAGAUUUUUGUGUGGACUUACAAUUUUUUUUUUUGAUAUUUUUUUUUUUUUUUUUUUUUUUUUUGUAAGAUUAUCUUCCCUUAGUUGUUACUAUAAAUAACUUAUAUUGUAACUUUUUUAUAAUUGACCGUAGGGAAAAAACAAGACCACUUUUCUGUGGUACAACAUAGAUGUUACUUUCAAAUUUUAGGUGUAUUUUAAGGUAUCUCUACCUGGUAAGGAGUUAUUUUGUGGACUUAGAAAAACAAAUGACUUACAAUGAUUACUAAACAACCACAAAAUUAAAAUUCCAUUUGCAAAUACAGGUGCUAGAGUAAAGAAAUUUGCUGUGAUGGGCGUAUAUUGUGACAAUCUGGCACUCUUGUUCAUUUAUAAUUUAUGUAGCAAUUUCAUUUUGUUGUUUUUCAACUUCAGUUUUCUUUUUUACAUAACAGAAAAAAAACAUAUGAUAGGUCUUUAACAAAUAAUCUUUUUCAACAGUGGAUUAUUUAGCAAAUAGAACUUUGUAUCAGUCAACUGCAGUCUCAUGCACAUUAGUCUCCCCUCCCAUUUGUAGAAUCAAAUUUUUCAUUUGAUUUAAGAUUUUAAGAUCUUAGUUUUUUGACACUGUCCAGAGAAAUAAGGCUACUGUAUGACCUAGUGAUAACAUAUACAAAAUCUCUGAUGAGAAAGAAAAUGUCUGUGCAACAAUUGCGUGGUUUUUCAUCACUGCACAGUAUUUGUGACAUCAGUGUACCAACAGGGGAGGUAAUUGCUGUAGGGAAUUUGAGUCAUGUUCUUAUUUUAGAUUAACAUAUGAAAGGAAUUAAAUGUUUUUCAAUUAAAGAAUACACUUAUUUACCUUUAAAAAGUAGAGGUUUUUGUCCAUGGUAAAAUUUAUCUCUCUCUUUAAGUGAAUAUGAUAUUUGUGAUUGGGAAAGUACAGGUUCUACUGAUUCCUUUCUGUACAAUGUUAAAUGAUUUUUUGUGGUGAAGAGUCUUUAAUGUUAAUUGUCUGCAUUAAAAGGAACGGUUUACUCUUGCAUAAACAGCAGGGGGAAAAAUCCUUACAAUUAAAAAAAAAGAUGUUUCUGUACUGAUAUUUAAAAAAUUGUUUCUGCACUGAUAUUUUCAUAUCAUGAGGGCACAGUAUGAGCAGAGUGAUGUAAUAAAAACAGAAUAUAUUUGAAAGACAUACAGCGAUAGUAUUCCAAAGCAAAUCACAGAAUAUGUGCAUGUCUUGUGUCUUUUUUUAUGCCCCCGAAGGGAGGCAUAUAGUUUUUGAACUGUCUGUCGGUCUGUCAGUCUGUCGGUCUGUCAGUCUGUCCGCAAUUUUCAUGUCCGGUCCAUGUCUUUGUCAUCGAUGGAUGGAUUUUCAAAUAACUUGGCAUGAAUGUGUACCACAGUAAGACGACGUGUCGCGCGCAAGACCCAGGUCCGUAGCUCAAAGGUCAAGGUCACACUUAGACAUUAAAGGAUAGUGCAUUGAUGGGCGUGUCCGGUCCAUAUCUUUGUCAACCAUGGAUGGAUUUUCAAAUAACUUGGCAUGAAUGUGUACCACAGUAAGACGACGUGUCGCGCGCAAGACCCAGGUCCGUAGCUCAAAGGUCAAGGUCACACUUAGAUGUUAAAGGAUAGUGCAUUGAUGGGCAUGUCCGGUUCAUAUCUUUGUCAUCCAUUGAUGGAUUUUCAAAUAACUUGGCAUGAAUGUGUACCACAGUAAGACGACGUGUCGUGCACAAGACCCAGGUCUGUAGCUCAAAGGUCAAGGUCACACUUAGACGUUAAAGGUCAUUUUUCAUGAUAGUGCAUUGAUGGGCGUGUCCGGUCCAUAUCUUUGUCAUUCAUGCAUGGAUUUUAAAAUAACUUCGCAUGAAAUGUGUGACACAGUAAGAAGACGUGUCGUGCGCAAGACCCAGCUCCGUAGGUCAAAGGUCCUAAACUCUAACAUCGGCCAUAACUACUCAUUCAAAGUGCCAUUGGGGGCAUAUGUCAUCCUAUGGAGACAGCUCUUGUUCUUCCCAGCGAGCUGCUAUGACAUUUAACACUAUGACAGAAUUUUUCUUUGUUGAAUAGGAAAAUAAAUCCUGUUAAAAUGUUUUUUUUAAAGCUUUUUUAAAGUUAAUGUCUGUAAUGGGCCAAAAUUUGUUUAAAAGCUGUGGAUUACAAGUUUGAUUUUCUGUUACAAAGCACUUGAGAAUCUCAUGAGAACAAGAUCAACUUUACAGUCAUCUAAGGUGGCAGAUAUGUAUGGCGUCCCACAUAUCAUGGCGAGUCUGCUCAUUCAGAUUUAAAUUAAAGAAUAAUAAGAAAAGAAAAAAACGAAGAAGUCUGUAUAUUAUCAAAUUUAAUCCAUUGGUUUUAAGAGAAUAGAAAGAAUUAUAAGGUUUUAAAUUAUUUUUUUCUGCCUUGUAAUGCAGACAUUUCACAAAAAGCUCCUCCAAGCAGGUAACAGUUAACAAAAUGCAAUAAAACUUUCAGGUAUUGGGGAUUACCACUAGCUGUAAGCCUGGUUCAAAAAAUGGUAAUAGGUGAAAUAUUUUAUCCUUUUAGUAACUUGUGUCUUUUUUUUUGUAGGUUCAGUUUUGUUUUAUCUGUUGGAAACUUUUUUUCAAGAGACUUUUCCAAACAUGUAUAGGUUUAUGAACUUUCUAAAUAUAGCAAACAGAUACAAACUUUUGAUAAUUUUAGUGACUAAAACUUAACCCUUAGCCUGCUGGCGGCAGAUGAUUCUGCCUUUGCGACCAGUGCAGACCAAGAUCAGCCUGCACAUCCUUGCAGUCUGAUCAUGGUCUACACUGUUCGCUGUUCAGUCAGUAAAUUUUCAGUAAACUCCCCUUCAAAUGAUAAAUGGUACUGCCCAAAUUGAAAGAUGGACCAGUCCAUUAUAGAAAUUUAGCAUGGUAAGGGUUAACAAAGCAUUAUACAUCACUUAAAUGACUUACUGUGAAGUCAUUUAAUUUUAUGGGCAGAAAAGUUUGUUGUUCUGACCAAAAAUUGUAAUUUAGAGGGGGUUUAAAUUGGUGUUUUCAAAUAUUUGUUGGUGUUUAAUUUUCUGGAUCAACCGGACAGUGAAACCCAUAAAAAUAAUACUGAUUCGACAGUAUAUAGGUAUUUUUAUAAAAGUUAAAUGUUCUAAGCCAGUUUUGUAUUGAUACAGAUCCUAUUUUGCUACAAAACAUAUUUUUUUUUGAUUUUCUGUAAAAUCAGGUAUUUUCACAAGGCUAAAAGUUUGCUAUGUUUGACAUAGGUUGAUAAAAAAUUCACAUUAUAAUGGCCAAAGCAUUAAACAUACAGUAGUAUUUUAUUACAAGAGAACUUUUGUGAGUAUUUAUUUUCAUGAAAAUGGACUGCACCUGUGAGCGAUUAUAACAAAAAUAAAACUCUUGCGAAAUUUUCUGAUUUUACCACAGUUCAUGCAUUUAAAAAAAAAAAAAAACGUUUAUAUUACAAUUGAACUAAAUGUAUUAACAUGAUAAAUUGUUAUAUGAAUUCUAUCUUUACGUUUAUUUUUGUUAUGACUGGAUGUAAUAUACCUCUACAUACAACCACAGAUCCUUGUCUGAUAUCUGAUAGUGUACUCCCUAUUAGUAUAUCAUAAUACAGUGAUCUUCUUCAAAUUGUUGUUUCAUAUAAAUAGCAAAUAAAUCACAAACAAACUGUU